AUGGCGACUACCUCUGAUUCUCCUUCUUCUGGUCCUACAUCUCAUGGCGAGGUGUCGAAUCUGCUUCAUCCUUCGAUUGGAUCGAUUACGGUUCAGAAUGUUGCUGGCAUGAUUCCGAUUAAACUCAAUCUUCAUAAUUAUAUUACCUGGCGUAGCUUGUUUCUUCCUGUUCUGAAACGAUUCAAGCUUCUAGGUCUCGUUAAUGGCGACAAUCUAUGUCCACCGGAAUUUGUUCGUGAUUCUUCUGGAUCUCAGAUUCUCAACCCUGCUCAUGAACUUUGGUGUGAACGUGAUCAGAUUCUGACGAUUUGGAUCAACUCUACCCUUGCUGAGGAUCUUCUUCCGUUGAAGAUUGGGAUGGCGGAUUCGCGAUCUCUUUGGCAGUCUCUUGAGCGUCGUUUUGCUGGUGCUUCACGCACUCAUGUGCAUAGUCUUCGCUCCAAGAUCCAGACUAUUCAGAAAGGUGACUCUUCGCUGGCCGACUACUUCAACUCCAUCAAAGAAAUCUCCGAUAAACUAGCUGCUGCUGGUGAGCCGAUCUCUGAGAAGGAUCUUGUAGCCUAUAUUCUUUCUGGCUUGCCUGAUGAGUAUGAAUCAUUUGUUGAUUCCAUUGAGACGCGAUCUGAAGAUGUGACUACUGAUGAACUUCACGGGCUUCUCCUCAGUAAAGAAAUCUCGCUCUAG